AUGACAUAUCAAAAGAAAGCAAAUGUGUUUAUAUUUGAUGUUGGCUAUUCUUGGAAGGAUGUAAUUCCAGGACAUUCUAAGAGUAUGCUUGAAGAAGCGCGACAAGUUAUCAGAAAAAAACUUGAGGAUAAGAUUUCGAUUGGAAGAAAAACUGACAUGACGGGUCUCAUAGCAAUAGGCACACCAGAAACGGAUAAUUCACUGGCAAGUCAAUUUCCAGGCGAAUAUAAGAAUAUUUCCACAAUUGAAGAAAUAAAGCAACCCACAGUCAAGACAGUACAAAAACUAUUCAAUAUAGAAUUAUCUGAAAGCAAGGAAACAACUGCUGAUGCUCUGGAUGCUCUUAUUUUGGCUAUCGACAUGAUCGUCUGCUAUUGCAGGAAGCUCAAAUACGAUAAGCAUAUAUAUUUAAUGACAGAUACAAGAGUCCCGAUCAGCUGGAUGGAAAAUCACGAAAUUAUAUCAAUGCUGGAAACACAUUCCAUAAGUUUAACCGUUGUCUGCGCUGGGUCCAACAUGCCUUACACAAACCAAAAUAUGAAUGAAAAUGAGAAAAAAUGGAUAGAGAUUAUAUCUAGACUAGGACCACCGUCUUCUUUUUGCAGCUUCGAAAAAGAAUAUGAGUUUGCGGACACUAUCAACAAAAAAAUCGUAAGAGCUUCACCAUGCUUCCGUGGUAACAUAAUAUUAGGUGAUCCAGCAAAUAGCCCUGAUAAUGGAUUAUACGUGAGCGCCCAUAUGUUUAUACGCUCGGAUCUCAUUUCACGCAAGAGUGGAACAAAAUGUUACGUUCCUUCAUAUCCGGUCGAUGCAGAAGAUGGAAAAAACAUACACCCAGUGAAAGCAGAAACCAACUACAGAACUAUUACGCUCGAGGAACUGGAAAAGAAAUUCAAUGCUCAAAAUGAUUUUGAUCCAGAAGAAGAGCAACAAGGGGAAGAUGAAGAAGGCCUGACGAGCAGUGACUCGGAUAAUCAGCAAAAGGACACUGUAAACUCAAAAGAUAUUAUGAAAGCAUAUAUUCUUGGCAAAACACUGGUUCCGGUCUCCAAAGAGCAACAGGAUAUGUUCAAGGUGGUUACAUCACCUGGAUUAUAUGUUAUUAAAUUCAUUGAUUCAGAAAAGUUUCCUGAAACCUAUAAACUGUCCAAAGUAUACACAGUUACAGCAGGAUCAGUAGAUGCCAAGGAGGCUGCCACUGUUAUCACGGCUUUGGCAAAGGCCAUGGAGGAAACAAAAUCUGUUGCAGUAGUCAGAUUUACUAAUAAGCCUGAGUCUCCUCCAAAGCUCGGCGUUCUGUUUCCUUUGGUUGAAGAAAAGGUGGCUACAUUAUACUUUGUAGAGGCACCAUUUAGUAAUGAUCUAAAGCCUAUUCCUGAAGCAAUAGAAGAGGCUCUUAAACCCAAAGAUAAUGAAGAAAGCAAAAAUGCGUCAAAUAUAGCCAAGUUGGAGAUCAUGGAGAAACUUGUUGAGAGUAUGUCACUUAUGGAAGUCAGAAAAGACAAGGAUGGAAAUCCGUGUGAGCAUGUAGUACCAGAGAAUAUCUUCAAUCCGAAUAUUUGGAGAGUUUCAGAAACAAUCCGUAGAAGGGCUAUUGAUGGGAAAGCAACUAUUCCUGAUCUCCAUCACAGUAUUAAAGAGCAAAUUACGGUCUUACCAGAAUUUGUCGAAAAAACAAAAGAAUUGGGAAAACAAAUUAAGGAAAUUUUCAAUAUUGAAAAAGUACAUUUAAAAGUGGAAACUCCUGACGAUACUAAGGAAAGGCAUUACGGUGCUCUGAGAGAAGAGAAGAUCAAAACGAGAAAGGAAGAUGAAGACCACAUCUCCCCUACCGAUACUGGCGACAUUGAACAAAACCAGCAUAUUACCAAGAAAAUGAAGAUGGAUAAUGGAAGUGCAUUUGAUACCAAAAACUAUGAAGUCUUGCGUAAAGAUGUGAAAGAGGUUUCUAUUGAAGAUCCAGUCGACGACUUUAAGGCAAUGGUUGCAAAUCCAGACCAGGAUUUGGUAGAAGAAGCCUUUAAGCAAAUAAGUGAUAUAGUGAUUCACUUGGUUUCUACAUCUUUUGGUGACCAAUACUAUAAAAAAGUAAUCAGUUGCCUUGACUGUAUGCGCAAUGUAGCUAUACAGGAUUUCGAGGGAGAAUCGUUUAACAGGUGUUUGCAUAAAAUAAAGUCAAUUUGUGAUCUUUCAAAUCCAGCCUCAAAACGUCUAGAUUUCUGGGAAAUGCUCAAGAAAACAGACAUUACUCCUCUUACCAAAGAUGAGACUGGAUCUUCCAAUGUGACCGAAGCGGAGGCAAAGAAGUUUAUGGAAGAAAUUGAUACCACAGAUAUGGAACCAAAUAUUCAGACUAAAAAAUCGUACAUUGCCACCGAUGAUCUUCUUGAUCUAUUCUAG